GCCGACGAGACUCCGUGCGUGGUCCACCACCCCUCCCAACCAAUCAUGCAGCCAUCUCUCUCGCCCGCUCGCUCGCUCCCGGAUCGGUCGAUGCCCGCCGGGCGAGGCGGCAGCGACGGCGAGGCAGCACGUGCAGCCACUGCGCGGCCCCCAACAUGGCCGCGCACGCCGCUUGUCCCCCGGAUCUUGCCUCCCCGACCCCUCCCCCUUCUCCAACCAAUCACCUCCUCCCGUCGUCGUGCCGCCGGAGCGCCCCGUCCUACUCCUCUCCUCUCCCCCACUUCCCUCGCCCGGCCGUCGCCAUAAUAUAUACUCGCGUGAUGCCCACACAGCGCCAUGAUUAGGUCUCGCUGCCGCGAACUCGGAGCUCCUUCCGUUAAACUAUUAUCCUCUUUCUGAAUCUGAACACAUUGCCCAUCCUUCCUGAAGCUAGCAGCGCCUGCGGCGUUCAUAUAAACCGCGUGCCCCCUGCAUACAGAUCAGCCUGUUGUUGAUUUGGCCUGGCCAGUCAGUGGCGCCGGCCAGACAGAGCUCUUCUUCUCUAUCCUACCCCUCUACGCUCCGGCUGAGCCUUGCCCGCUAGCUUCUGCGCGUGUUUGUAUGGGUUCUUGGGUGCGCACCAUCACCACGCCCUUCCGGAAAGCCUGCAACGUCUUCGUCCCGCAGAAGGACGGCAAGAAGCCGCAGGAGUCAAGCUCAUCAGCUAUGGUGCAGCACGUCGACGCCGAGAGGGCCAAGCUCCACGGGGAGGUGAUGGCGUGCGCCUACGAGGACGUGCAGGUCAUGUGGUCCAUGCUCGACCAGGCCAGGAUCCGGGACCUCAGUGGCAGCUCGUGACCGCCACCAAUCGUCCGUUCACGCAUUAUUCCUAGAGAUCCGCAUGGAUGGACAUGGAGACACGGAGUACAUAGCAAAAUAUCUUCCCCUCACCAAAAAACAUUCCGGGCCCACAUGCUUUCUUGGAGCUUGAAGAUGAUCAUCCGAGCUGUUUUUAGCUAUUUGCGAUUUGCGCAGAUCUCAUCAGUUAAGCCCUGAAACUAAGAGUCCAUUUUGUACGUAGCUAGAUUUAGCUUUCCUUUUGGAGGUUGCUGAACAGGUUGAGUCUGAAUCCCCACUGGCACUCUACUCUCUAAAAGUGCUUGAUUGGAGAGAUGUAUAUCACCACCCGUUGGGAUCCUGAUCAUUGCAUUCCUCUUGCUCUUGUUCGAUUUGAUGUGUCUAGGGUUCAAUACGUAUACUAUA